AUGAUAACACAAGGUUUUGUUCAGCCGAAUCAUUUCACUUUCUCGAGCGCAUUCAAGGCGUGUGGCAAUCUUUCGGAUCCACGAGGAGGUAAACAGGUUCUUGGACAUGCCUUCAAAAGAGGUCUUGCUUCGAAUAGCUCCGUUGCGAACUAUGUUAUCAGCAUGUUUGUUAAGUCUGAUAAGAUGGAAGACGCUCGGAGAGCUUUUGAAUCACUUUCUGAGAAGAACUUGGUCUCGUAUAACACCUUUCUUGAUGGAACCUGCAGGAACUUGGUUUUUGAGGAAGCUUUUGAGAUUUUCCGUGAGAUUAGUGAGAGAGGAUUAGGUGUUAGCGCUCACACAUUUGCUAGCUUUUUGACUGGGGUUGCGAGUAUUUGA